AUGUCGUCAGGCACGGAACUUCAGCCGCUCAACGAGCCAAAAAAUGUGGAGGAGACCGCAGUGGAGGUCGAGGAAGAGGCUCCAGAAGAUAGAAAGAAUCUUGUCUUCUUCAUCAUCUUGCUUCACGGAAUCGGAACUCUCAUGCCAUGGAAUAUGCUCAUCACGAUUUCAUAUGAUUACUUCGAAUCAUACAAAAUGCUCGCCAACUCGACCAUCGACAUGGACACUGGAGCCGUGACCGGAGACCCGACUGUCUAUUCAUCUAACUUCCAGAGUUUCCAAACGAUCGCCUCCCAAGUGCCGAACCUUCUUCUUAAUCUUCUCAACAUCUUCAUUGUCGUCAAAGGAGGACUCGCUGGACGUAUCACCGUUGGACUUUCCAUCGUCGCUGUCUGCGUUAUCACCACCAUGGCCUUCAUCUACGUUGAGACACAUACCUGGCUCACCGGCUUCUUCAUCCUCACCAUUGCCACUAUCAUCAUCCUCAACGGUGCCAAUGGAGUCUACCAGAACAGUAUCUUCGGUCUCGCCGGCGAACUUCCAUUCAAGUACACCAAUGCUGUCAUCAUUGGUAACAAUUUGUGCGGAACGUUUGUUACCUUGCUCAGCAUGUCCACCAAGGCUGUGACCCGCAACAUCUUGGACCGUGCCUUUGCCUAUUUCCUGAUUGCUCUCAUCACCUUGGUCUUCUGCUUCAUCUCGUUCUUGAUCCUCAAGAAACAACGCUUCUACCAAUUCUACAGUACUCGUGCCGAGAGACAGCGUGCCAAGAAUGAGGAAUCCGCAGAUAACAAAGGAAAGAUGGCGACCUACGUUGCCACAUUCAAGGAGGCCUUCCCAAUGCUCCUCAACGUUUUCUUGGUUUUCUUCGUCACCCUUUCCGUGUUCCCAGGAGUCAUGAUGUAUGUCAAGGAUGAGAAGAAGGGCGGAACCUACGAUUUCCCAUUGCCAAAGAACUACUUCAUGGACGUGACCACUUUCCUUCAAUUCAACGUCUUCGCCUUCAUCGGAUCGAUUGUAGCCGGAAGAAAACAAUGGCCUGCCCCAAACAAGCUCUGGAUCCCAGUCUACCUCCGCCUCCUCUACAUCCCAUUCUUCGCCUUCUGCAACUACCUCCCUGAGACCCGUACCUGGCCAGUUCUCUUUGAGUCCACCUGGUUGUUCGUCAUUGUCGCUGCUUCGAUGAGCUUCGGAAGUGGAUACUUCUCCGGACUCGCCAUGAUGUAUACCUCGAAGACUGUCGACCCAUCCAGAGCUCAGGUCGCCGGAAUGAUGGCCGGAUUCUCCCUCAUCUCUGGCAUCGUGUCUGGACUGCUCUUCACCAUGGUCAUCAAGAUGUUUGUCACUGCCUAA